CGGCCGCGGCCGAGUCCCCGCCCCUCCACUUCCGGUCCCGCCGCCCGGAGCCGGUGCGGCUGUGUGGGCCCGCGUCUCGCCGCCGCCGGCCGGCCGGGCAUGGUGUUGGGCGCCGGGCCCGCCUCGCCUGUCUCGGGGUGCCCAGGGUAGUUGGCAGUAAUGCUGACGCUGGCAAGCAAACUGAAGCGGGACGACGGUCUCAAAGGGUCCCGGACGCCAGCCACAGCCUCCGACUCCACGCGGAGGGUGUCUGUGAGAGACAGGCUUCUCGUCAAAGAGGUUGCAGAACUUGAAGCUAACUUACCCUGUACAUGUAAAGUGCAUUUUCCUGAUCCAAACAAGCUUCAUUGCUUUCAGCUAACUGUAACCCCAGAUGAGGGUUACUACCAGGGUGGAAAAUUUCAGUUUGAAACUGAAGUUCCUGAUGCCUACAACAUGGUGCCCCCCAAAGUGAAAUGCUUGACCAAGAUCUGGCACCCCAACAUCACAGAGACAGGCGAAAUAUGUCUGAGUUUACUGAGAGAACAUUCGAUUGACGGCACUGGCUGGGCUCCCACAAGGACGUUAAAGGAUGUUGUUUGGGGAUUAAACUCUUUGUUUACUGACCUUCUGAAUUUCGAUGACCCACUGAAUAUUGAAGCUGCCGAGCAUCAUUUGAGGGACAAGGAGGACUUCCGGAAUAAAGUUGAAGACUACAUUAAGCAUUAUGCCAGAUGAUAGCAGGCGAGACGCAGGACGCGGACUGUGUGUCAGAAGUGUGUCCGGCUCCCGCCAGAGGGCGCCUCCACCCCAGCCCUCGGCCCCCUCUGCCCACUGGGCCGUCCCGAGGAGGAACCUCUUCACGACCGCCCAUUGUAGUCGGGGUUCCGCAUAAACACAGCAAGAAAAUGUGUCUGGGCUCUAAAGAGUUGUCUGCUUACCUUAACAUGUUUACUUUGUUGAAACUGUGCUGUACAGGCUGUUGAGAUUUGUGAGAAGUUGUAAUGAACUCAGAAUUGAAGCUAGAGUUUGCUUCUUCCCCUUGUCCCUCCAAAUCACUUCCCUGCACAAGUGAUGCAAUGAUGCGACCCGCGCAGCUCGCCUCUUGGCGAGAAGAAGCCCGCGACGAACGGUGAUUGGACACAGACUCCCAGCUCCUCCCACUAUUGGUGGCCCUGCCUAGGUGUCGUGAAGCUUCCUUCCGGGAUGCAGUCAUUCACUGUAGAUCUCUUACGAAACGCAUAUUUUAUUUAAUGUAAGUAUAUUUUGGAACAGAUUUGUAAUUUGUACAAUUUAAUGCUUUAAUUAUUUUUUUCCUA